CGUAUUUGUUUUUUUGUUGGGAACCAGUCACAGUCGGUUGUCGAGUCGUCGACCGUAAAUUGAAACAAUAGAAGUGCGUUUAUUUACAAUUUAUUGAUCGUGUAAUAAGUGAAACUAAAUGAGACUGUUCCUAAUAAUAACAGUAGGUUACUUAAGCAUUGUAACUUUUUUACAAUAUAGUAAACGUGUGAGAUAAAUUUUAAACGUAUUGAGGUGUAAAGUGUGGCAGAGCGUAAACUUUCUCGUAUUAUCAAUUUCGCGGUAUUUCGACAAAUUCGAAGAAAAUGAGUUGAACAAACUUUUCACCAACUUAUUACAAUUAUUUAGUUAAAGUAGCAUAAGGAAACACUUAGCACUAUGACUACAGACAGAUUUCACAAAGCAGCAAAGGAUGGCCUCCUUGAAGUACUGCGAGAGGCAACACGUAAAGAAUGCAACAACAAAGAUGAAACUGGAAUGACUCCAACACUCUGGGCAGCUUUCGAAGGUCACAUUGAGGCUUUACGGCUGCUCUGUGGUAGAGGUGGGGAACCAGACAAAUGUGACUAUUUCGGUAAUACAGCUCUACACUUAGCAGCGGCGAGGGGACAUAAAGAAUGCGUAACAUUUCUCGUCAACUUUGGCGCGAACGUAUACGCCAUGGACGUAGACGGACACACUGCGCAGGAGUUGGCGGCUAUCAACGGCCGGGACGAUAUUCUACGAUUCAUUGAUCAGGUCACUGGGAAGCUGGAGAAUAAUGACAAGAAGAAAGCAAAAUCGUUAAAAGAGAAAGCGAAGAAAGACCACGAGAAACUACAGAAGCAGUAUCACAAAAGACAAAGCAAGGCAGAGGUUAUGGCUGAGAAGGAGUUGAAGAAGUUGACAAAGGAAUGGGAGAACAAUUACACAGAAGACGUGACCACGAUGCCACACCGACCAAGCAAUGUUUUAAUGGCUCUUAAGCAAAAGAUGACCAGGUCCACCAGCCAAGGUAAUCUAUUGGAUGAACAGCCACGUCCCACUUACAGCGCUCUGGUAGGAACAGUGAGCUCAGGCGUCCGUGGCCGCGGUGCUGUGUAUAAGAAAGCGUUGGCAACCAAACUGAAAAAUGGUACACUCCGGAAGAACAAUGUCAACGAUGACUUUAAGGUCGGUGAGGUGGAGGUGACAGGUCGUCGUUCAGUUACGUCACUGAGUGGAGUCCGUCGCGACUCCGAAGUGAUGUACGUGGGAACAUUCGGAGCUGGGCCACAGCAGAGAGCCAAUCUCGCGCAGGUCUUCACGCCCACGGAUCAGAAGGCCACGCUUACCAGAUCAGCAAGUCAGCCCGAUUUCUUGGCAGCGCAGAACGAAGAUAGCGGGAUCGGACAAGAAGUAUUGUUGCAGGAACCGGCCAGCAUUUUUGAUAGACCCGGCUUCGGGAGUGUGGCGUUUAGACGAUCGAUAACAGCGACAUUGGGAUCUGUCCCGGGAGGUGAAGACGCGUCAAUUGGUUCAGCAGGUUCACUCGCUGCGAGACACGUGUAUCUUCCCAAUGACUGGAAUUCUACGCAAUCGGGAAGCUCAACCAUAACAUCAGAUGAAGAAGGCGAACCGGAGGAGACCGGAUAUGCGUCGCUUGAGCGGUUUCUCACAGCUUGGGGCCUUUCUCAAUACACGCACAAGUUCAGGGAAGAGCAGAUAGACCUCGAUGCGCUAAUGCUGCUAACUGAGAGCGAUCUUAAGUCCCUGGGAUUACCACUCGGACCCUACCGGAAGUUGGUCACGGCGGUACAGGAGCGGAAACAGGCACUCUCACAUCCGGGACCUAUGGUAGAUACGGCAAUUUGAAUUAUAUUGAUGCUCAUUUUGUCUUUUGGUGUUUUAAAAUAAGAACAUACACUUUACCAAUUUAAACCGUGUUUCUGAUUCUAUUUUCGAAUGAAAUUCCUUUUUUGUAAGUGAGAUAUGGUGAAUUGUAUUUUCUCUGAAAUGUGUGAUACUUGGAUUAACUUUUUUUUAAAUUACUGUACAAAUUUUUAUGACAGAUAUAUCGUUCUCUUUUUAACAUUAUCCGAGAGAAAGAGAGGUGGUGUAUGUGACCAUAUGUGUAUUUUAUGUGCGCAAUCGUCGACUAGCCUCUUAUCAGUUUAGUACAAAUUAUCAAACAUAUGUUCGUUAAAUAAAUAAAUUCGUAAAUUUCGAACUGAUUCCGCGACUAUAGAUUUAUAAAGUUGAAAAUACGCAAGCACUAAGCUUGCUCCUGAUCAUAAAGAUCACGA